AUGUCUUCCAUCUCACCAAUCUCCCCUCUCUCACCUAUCUCUCCGAUGUCCCCAGCCAAAUCCUCAACUAGACCCACACACCUCUUGCUCAAUCAGCAUUCGUCGUCUCUUUCCGGUAUGGAGAUAGCUGUACCUUCACCGUUGACUCCUGGAUUCACAUACUCCCGUGCCAGUAGUAGCAAGGCGCUCCCUCCAACUCCAAGGAAAGAUGCCAUUCCCUACAGUCCCCACAGCGCUCCGACCUCAAGAAAAGCUUCUAGCACUUACAGCAAUUCUAAGGAAGAAAGACCCAGCACGUCAAUGACUCUAAGGAAACCAUCCACCACAUACACCAACCUCAAGGAAGAGAGACCAAGGACGCCCAGAUUUGCCUUACAAGACGAAGCACUAUCUUCCAAGACCUUCCUCGCACCCUCAGAGACUCGGUCGAGCACCUCCAAGUUACCAGAUAAAGUACCGCUACGGCCACAACUGACACGAGACGCUCAUACCCACGGAGCCUCUGACUUCACAGGUCGGAAACAGCCAUCAGGGAACUCGUUCUUUACCGAAUGGAAGGCUCCCAAAUAUGAAUAUUCAGAUGACGAAUUUAGCUCGAGCUUGCCGGCUUCAAGGAGAGACUCCAGCCAGGGAAGCUGGGCGCCAUCCGAACGUACGCAAAGUGCUGAAGAGAGAGCCAGAGACUAUACAUCCGUGUUGCCCGCGUUUGUUCCGGAGCCAGUCUAUUCUGAGUCCGGCUAUUUGCCGUCCGAAAUGUCAGCUCGCAUUACCGAUGUUCUGGAUGGAUCACUCAUGCCAGCACCACUAAUUUUGAGUGGUAAUUCCGAGGAUAGAAAACUUUCGAGUCAAUUCUCUUGCUCCGAUUCUGAGGUCGAUAGUCUACACGACGAAUCCAAGCCUUCUCUUAAAUCCCGUGCGAAAAAGGCUUUCCAUUCGCGCACACAGGAGAGGAGAGAGAAGGCACACACAGAUCUACAACUGCCACAGCAUGGGCAAGCUGGCGAGCUAACCACAGCGAAGCGCGCCAGUCUCCAGAACGGUAUUGAUGAAAUGUAUAAUACACUCACAGGCCUCUACUCACCGGCGAAGUCAAAGAUGAAGCAUGACUCCGACAAUUUCAAAAGCAAAGCUAUUGCUAGAGAUCCGCGCCACCCAGCCACACGUGUGAAAGCAUAUCAAGAAUCCGGCAAGAGAGCCUGGGAUUCGCCGAGGAGUCCCAAAAGUCCAGCGCCGAAGAGGGAUGAUUCGGUGGGAAAGAAGCUCGCGAGUGUUUUUCAGAAUGGGGCCAUGGCGGUAGGAUUUGAAAGAGGGAAGGAACAGAAAAUGAAGAACGAGGAGUAA